AUGGCCGCCCCGAUGACAGCUGAUGAGAUGCGUGAAGCAUUGAAGAAGCGCAAGGAGUUAAUAAGCGAUCUUCUAGAAGAGGAGUACGAAGACACUCCGUUUAUCGAUCGAAAAGAUGUGGAGAACAUGGCAAAAGAACAUUUAGACCUCGAACGUGAACUCCUCGAUGAUAUCGAGAGACGAACCUCAUUUUUUGAAAAGCAGGAAGCUAUGGCGCAAGAGUCAAUUGAUCAUCUCUUGGACGAUAGCGGGAAGGUAACCCGCGAGAAAUUAUCCUCAAAACUGGAUAACAUAGAGCAGAAUAUCUUUGACCACGCAAUCAUGCUGGUCUCUGCGAAGACAGGGAACGUAGAUUUCGUACGCAACUUAUCCGACGAGCAUCGGGAAGCUCUCGAGAUGAUAGAGGUGAGAUCUGUCGAGGAUAGACUGUCUAAGGAGAUACGGGAGGAAAAGAGUAAGGCGCAACAGAUGGAACUUAGGCUACAGGAUAAUAAAAAGAUCAUAGAGCAGUUAAGAGCCGAAGCUGACAGAAAACAGAAGGAGCUAGAAGGUAUUCGGAUGGAGCUCGAAGCGACCCAGCGCACCCUCAUAGCUUCCGAGGAGAAGGUUGCCGCGGCUGAUCUCAAGUGGGAAAAGCUGGACCAGUUAAACAAGACGGCCGUGGAGACAUAUAAGCGGCAGCUGCAGAAGAGCGAGAUGCAAGUAUCAAAUCUGGCUAACGAGCUGCAGGCGACCCGUCAAAAUAGAGACGCGUCCCUUAAAAGUGCUAACGAAAGGUUAACAGACGCUCGGGAGCUUCGAAACACCGUAUCUGAGCUCAGGACCGAGAUUUUAGGCAAGUCUGGCAGCAUUGCAGGGUUAGAGAGGCAGCUAGAGGAUAGAGAUGGCGAAAUCCGCCAUCUCAACCAGAUAUUGGAAACGGCUCGGAGUAUGAUAGGAAGGUCCUUAGCUACGGGGGCUCGACCGUUAAUGUAUAUACCUGACGCGUGGAGGACCCUGGCGGAUUCUAUCAUGCGCGCAAACCAUAUAGAGCUAUCACCAGACGCCGACCCAGCUGCGGCGUCGCGUUUCUGGAAAGUCGCGCAACCCUGGACAGCAGCAGCGCCAGUUGCCAUCUUUGACUUCUCCCCAGAACCAAACAUACUGGGCUUAUUAAUUAGGCUAUACGGGCGUCUGUCGACCGGCGACCUAGACGAAUAUGCAUACUGCCUCCUAGAACUGCUUGCGGGUUCCUUGGUCUCAGAAGAGAGACAAAAACUACUAGACCGUCCAUUUAGAACCCUACUCGCUACGGCUCUGCGGACGACGCCGCCCACGCGGAACCUCCAAGCCACGAUAUUCUGCUUUGGUCUGUUGCAACUCGGGCACUUCAGUCAGAUCAAGUGGCGGGUAUCCUUUCCAGAAUUACAGCAGCUACGUGACAUGCUACAACAGAGCUCUCAUUACGAGACGUUAAGAGAUCUGACUUGGGGUCGGACAGGGACGGAAGCGUCAGAUAUAUGCCGUCAAAAAGGGAUAGCACAGGGAGACAUAGGCCUUGUAAACCUCAAUGCUCAUGUCAUCCUAAUGAUUCACCUAAAGGAUCUAACCCUCCGCAUAGUACACCCAAGCCGCGCGGGGUUUCUAGACGAAAGCCACGGCCGCCUUCGAUCCCCGUCGGGCGAUGACGAUAUCGUCCUAGAGAUUUCCAGUCGAGGGGAUCUAAUGUGGUGGUUAUCGGUGGGGCAAACGCCGUAA